CUGAGUGUUGUGCUGUUUUGGAUGAUUUUUUCUUUUAAUUUCUGUGUUCUUUUUUCAUUGACUUUCAUUAGAAUCGAUUUAUAUAUGUCUGUUUUGAAGAUUUAACUGGUGGCGCCAUAAUGCGCGUUGAAGUAAAAUGCUGGAUUGUCGCACUUUUUGGAGUUGUGAUACAUUUUUCUUCAGUAGUCACUGUUCCAACGCAGAAAAUUCACAAAUGCGCUGCAUAUUGCAAAGAAAAUGAGAGGACUAACAUUUACAGUCCGGGGUCGAGCUACGUGUACAGCUACACGGCGGAGUCGGACACAUUCAUAAACGGAAUCGAAGGGAACAACGAAAUCAGCCGGCUCCGCAUCACGGCCGUAGCUACCAUACAUGUCGCGGCACCAUGCGAAUACAUUCUGCAGAUUCAAAAUACGUUCAAACAAUUCAUUAAUGGCUUAUAA